AUGAAUUGGCUCAGCCUCUUCGUCCUGCUGACUGUGACAGGGCUGGCACAGAGCCAGUACACCUGCGGAGGGAGCUGUGGGUACCGACCUGUGGCUUAUUCCUACGGCAAUGUGGCUUAUGACUACGGCAUGACACGCAUCGUGGGUGGUGCUGGUUCCGCAGUAGCAGAAUGGCCCUGGCUCGUCAGCAUCCAGCACCCAUGGGUACCAGGCACAAAACAUUGGUGUGGAGGUUCCCUCAUCACUGGAGAUUGGGUCCUCACAGCAGCCCACUGCUUGGACAAGUUUGAUAACAUCAGCCUGCUGUAUGUGAUGAUUGGGGCCACCAACUUGUAUCAGCCGGGCCCUGGGGCACAAGUGCGCAAUGUCAAGAAGGUGGUGAUGCACCGCGAGUACAAGCGUAAAGACAUGAGCUACGACAUUGCGCUGAUUCAAUUGGAACGUCCUGUCCUGUGCAGCUCCUACGUCCAGCUGGCCUGUCUGGCUGAACCCACCCUAAGAGUCUCAGAGCUGAGAAACUGCUGGGUUGCUGGCUGGGGGGCCACUACUGCAAGAAAUGUAGAUCAACCUGCUCACCUUCAGCAGGCCAAGGUCCAGCUCAUCGAUCUCCAGCUCUGCAACAGCAGUGACUGGUACUCAGGAGCAGUCUAUUCCUACAACUUGUGUGCUGGAUACCCAGAGGGCACCAUUGAUUCCUGCAAGGGUGACAGCGGUGGUCCUCUCAUGUGCCAGGACAACAACGCUGCCUACUGGUGGGUCAUUGGAAUCACCAGCUGGGGAAAAGGCUGUGCCAGAGCAAAGCAGCCUGGAGUCUACACCUCCGUUCAGCACUUCUAUAACUGGAUUGAUUACAAUAUGCAGAUAAACGCAGUUAAAAGUGCUCCUUGA